AUGUUCUACAGGAGAAUCAUAAAAGAAGCAUCCAUAACUAAGAAAUUAAUUCAAGGAAGUGGUAUAAAGACAUCAAGCAAAUUGUUCAAUAAUGAAUGUUUCAUUUUUAAUUUCGAUGAUAUAGAAAAUUUAAAAAAGCUUAAAGAACGAAACACUGAAUCUUUUGUGGCACAAAUAGAAACAAACAAAGAAAAAUAUGAACAAGUUUUAGAUAAAAAUAAACUAAAAAAAACAAGAAAAUUGUUUAAAUUUAUUCAGAAAAAAUUGUCAACUUAUGAAGAGACCCCUUUGAAUAAGUUCUUUUUCAUAUUUUAUAAAAAUGUAGAUUGUCUCGCUGAGGUUGAAGUGAUUGACUUAUUGUACUUGGCUGUGAAAAAUAAAAAAUUUUAUGCACAACAAAGAGAUAUAUCACAGAACUAUGACAAUGAGGAUGUUAAUAGAUGGGAUGUUUCAAUCUUUGGAGAAAAUGACUUGACUAAGAACCAGAUAGAAGAUAUUUCAGAUCAUAUUGGCACGUAUUCAGACGAGGUGAAUGAGUGCAACAUAAAUUUUUUAAAGGAUAAGAAACUGGGGGAUAAAAAUGAAAGAAGUUCACCUAACGAAGGGAUCCUUGAUUGGAAAGAUUAUGCACAUAAUAAAAGUUCAUAUUUCAAAUACCCCUCAGGAGUUACUACCCGUUUGGAUACAACAAAUUGUGAGGUUGCUAUCGUAAAGAAUAACACUACCAACUGUUACACUCUGGGAGAAGAGGAAAGAGUGGAAGACAUAAAAAACUACAAUUCAAUACAUAGGAAUGGGAAUAUUAAAAAAAUAAAUGUUGAUUACGUGCUGAGGCUGCUAUCCUCAUUUAAGGAUUCAUUGAGAAAAGGUAAAAGCGGAAAAUGGAACAUGAUAAACUUAUUAGAUGUCUACAAAUUGUCGUACUGUCUACGCUACUACAAAAUGGUAGAGGAAGACAAUUUCAUAACUUCAUACAUUUGUGCGUUUUUAAAAAAAGAAAUUUAUUAUAUAAAUCAAAAAAGUAAAAAAUAUGAAAUACAAAAUGAUGAGCAGCUGAAUAUUCUCCUAAACAUUCUGAUUAUACAUUACAAAAAUUUGAAGGGAUAUUUUUUUAACCUACUAUAUGAUUACCUGUUUUCAGUGUUGAAAAGCAACAUCUUUAAUUUGUCUACUAAGAACAUUUGUUUAUUAUUCCAUGUGAAUAAUUUCGAAAUGAAUAAAUAUGACCCUUUUUUUUUUUUUCUGUUGAGAGGAAAAAAGGCACCAUCACCCACGCCAUCGCUAGUUUUAACCAUGGCUGAUGUAAAUUACCUACUCUUCUACCAACUGAAAAACGGAACAGUAUGGAGCAUCCCCAGUUUGGAUCAUCUGAUAAAGUACCUUGCCCACAGUUCCGAAAUUAGUUCUGAGAAGCAACAAAAUAUAUUCCUGCUAUCCUUGCUGUUGCUACAAUAUGAGUACUCAAAAAAGUAUUCUUGUGAUAGUUACGACAAGUAUGUGGAAAUAAUAUACCAUAUGUAUUCUUACCUAAUGAAGAAUUUGAAGAUCUUUUUAGAAAAUAAGGAAAAAAGAGAAACAUCAUUGAAUAUCCCCUUUUUAACAACCUUUUCGUUAGGAUUAUAUCUAAUAAGGAAUAAUUUGCAUUUUAAUAAUGAGUUUUAUUUAUUCCUUCUUUACCUCAUAACGAAUUCAGCCCAAACAAUGAUCAUUCAUGAUUACAUAGCUUUGCUAAAUUUUAUUCAGUUUUAUAAAAUUAAAAAUGAGUUUUAUUAUAGCAGAAACUCCUUAUAUUAUGAAGACAAAAGAUGUUUCUACAUGUAUGAUCAUGAAAUGAGGAAUCAGCACAGGUAUCUGCCCUUAAACUGGGAGCAGCUAUCUCGAUACAUUUAUGAAUGUUUAAAGGUAAUUUAUUCUUUUGAAGAAAAAAAGUACAAUCAACUGUGCUUAUCGGAAGGAGCUCUCAAGGGUACAAAUGAAAUUGUAUGUUCGACAGGAAAUUCUAGAAUCAGAAAUUAUUCGGUUCACAAAGAUGUUUUCGUAAUGGACAAUGAUAAAGAAGCACAUAUAACCAAACCCAUCCUGGUAGGCACUGAUGCUUCAAAGGCGCACGCAUAUGAACUAGCCAUAAAUAGCAAUACCGAAACUUACCUUCUGAAAAAACAAAAACUAAGAGAUCCUGAAAAGGACAAAACUGAAAACGUAUUUCGAAUGAAAAUACCUGUACAGUGCAUAAACAAACAAAAGACGUCGAAAAAGAAUAAAAGCUACUACUUACACAUUAUGGAUAUAUUACCAUCUGUGCAAAAUAGUUUUAAUGAUAACAAUUUUUAUAAAUAUCUGAUGAACUUAUUCCAUCGAGGAGUGUUCAAUUUUAACUUGCACAUAUUCGAUUUAGAUAAGAUUCUUUUUACAUAUAGUAUCCUAAAUUUAAAAAAAGAGGAAAUAUCACUGAAUAUAUUAAGCUUAGUAGACAAGGUUAAAACAAAUUUUAUGAACAAGAAAAAAUAUUCCUUUGAAGAAGAAAAAUACAUAUUUCAUUCCAUCAGUAACAUACUUCUAUCAAUAACCGAAUUGAAUCUCUCCACAGUUGUGGACUUGGAAUUUUUCGAAAAACAAAUACUUACAAAUAUUCACAAAUUGAAUAUCAAUGGAAUACUUAUACUUCUGCAAUAUUAUAUUCUGAAGGGAGCAAUGAUGACCGUUAGCCCUUUAUAUACGCAUCACAUAAACACAGUUACAUUUCUCGUCAUACACUAUAUUAAGAAAAAGUAUCUUGUAGAACAAGAUGGUGCAAAUAUAAAUGCAUGCCAACUUGAUAAGUUAAAGGAUGAUGUAAAUUAUCAUAUCAUAAGACGGUAUCUUCACCAAAGUGAAAAUCAGAAUAAUCAAGGAGUUCCAGGGGAGAAGAAUCAAAUGUGGAAAAAAAUAGAUAGGAAAAUAAAUUAUUCUAAUGAUGUAGUAAGAAAAGAUGUUAACCCAUGUAUUGGUAUAGAAAUAGAUGCGAUCAAAAACAAUAAUAACGUUUAUAAUAAUACUACCUUUAAAAAAAUAGACGAAGACGAUUUGUAUGAAUUUUUACUUCUAAAAUUUGCUUUCAUAUAUAUCAUCACCCACUCGAGCUUGUUUCACGACCAAUUCAAAUAUUACUAUGGAUUGGAAGAACACUAUCGCAUCUUCAUGAAUAAUCUUAGCAGAAUUGUGUUGCACUUGAAGACUGACUUCUCCGAAAUGCUAUUUGUGAAUCUAAUGGAUUAUAAUGUUGCCAUGAAUAUCCAUGGGAUGUGCAAAUCUAAUGGUGCGAAUCAUGGGGGUCAAGAAAAUAUUAAAAGGAACAAAGAGGAAUCCGCGUGCAGGAAACUAGAUAGUUGUCUAGCCCCCCAAGAUGCAGCAAAAGAAGUAGAAAGCAAAAACAGGGAAAUAAACGAAGAAGAACAUGUCGCAAUAAAUGAAGCAGAACAUGUUGCAAUAAAUGAAGUAGAACAUGUCGUAAUCGGCAAAAGCGAACGGGGGGGUGUAGACAAAAACAAGCACAUCCUAAGCAAAACAGAUUUCCGUUUACUAAUGAACUACUUAACAUUCAUCUUUAAGCAUGACCUGAAUUUUGUUACAAGUGACCAAUACUUGAUCGAGUCAAUGAAAAUGCAGCAUUUAUUCGUAAAAAAAUUUAAAAGUUUAUAUUACAACUAUAAGUACGCAUUUGUAUAUCGAAAAUUAAUGCUAUCCUUAAUUUUUAACAUGAAGAAAAGAAACUCCAUAAGGAUGAAUUGCCUUUUGAAAGGAUUCAAUAGGAGCGGAACUAGUGACAUGGAAAAAAUAAACAUAAAUGAGUAUAUAAAAAUAUUAAGAUUCUUUAAUAAUUUAUGUGAAGAAAAAGGGUUGAAGGGGAAUAUUUUUUUCAGUUAUUUAAAAAAAAAUGGCAUACAAAUUUGCAGCUCAGGGGAGUCCCAUCAAUAUGACAUCAUUCUGAAUCGACAUUUAAUUUACGAUAUUAACAGCAGCGAAAUUGCCAACAUUCAAUUAAAUGUUCCCUUUUUUAACUAUAUUAUACCGAUGCUAAUAGAAACAAAACGCUUUUCUAUAGUCGUUCAAGCGAUCUUUAACCCAUGUGAAAAUGUAGAUACCUAUGUAGUGCUAUUCAACGUUAUGCGUGCAUUUUUAAAAAGUUAUAAUUAUCAUGUCAUACUGAUGAAAAGGAAAACCGAUGCAUAA